CUAACGCGUAGAAUAUACACUCGCGGUACAUACUUCCACACGUCCAAAACCGAAACGGCUGUUCUUCAUUGAUUCGAGGGCUGAUCGAGAUACGCCCAGCCACUUCGGCCUUGAUACUUGCGAUUUAACCCGCUCUCUCCCCCCGGUUCCUCGUCCAUCAUAAACUCAUAAACUCCAACAUCGCGUCCCUCGUUCACCAGAUCCCGCUGGGCAUAUCCAGCCAUGUCGACAUUCAAGGGCGUACUCGCUGAGUUUCCCGAUAUCCGCGUUGAUUAUUUCCGCCCCAGCUCCAGCCCGGCUGAUAAACCGCCGCUGGCUUGCUUUCUGAGCCAUAUACACUCUGAUCAUGUCCAGGGCCUUGAGGGCGCUUAUAACGCGCCGUUCAUUUACUGCUCUGUUGCGACGAAAGAGCUCUUGAUCCGCCUCCAGAGAAAAACUCACCGGCUUAACCUCCAGCGCGGGGUCAUCGAGACGAGCCAUUGCCACUACAGGGAGAAGACGCGGUUGCUGAAAACGAUUCCGCUAGAUACACCGACGGAAGUCGAGGUUGGGCCGGGGAGGACGGUCAGGGUCACGUUGAUCGAUGCGAAUCAUUGUGUUGGCGCCGUCAUAUUCCUGUUUGAAGGGGAUGGGAAGGCGAUACUUUAUACCGGGGAUAUCAGAGCUGAGGCCUGGUGGGUUGAGUACAUCGCCCGGCAUCCCGUCUUGUUGCCGUACUCCACGGGCGUCAAGAGGCUGGAUAUGAUCUAUCUGGACACGAGCUGUGCGGCCAAGGGGCUUGACAAAUUCAGCUCGAAGCGCGAGGGAGUCGCGGAUCUCCUACGCCAACUAGACCGAUAUCCCACGGACACCAUCUUCCAUCUAAACACGUGGACCUUCGGCUACGAAGAAGUGUGGGUAACCCUCGCCUCCUACUUCAAAUCACAGAUCCACUUGAGCCCAUACCACUACAAGCUCUUCAAGUCCGUCCAGUGGGCGCACGGUUCGUAUCUUGCCGGGUUCACGCUGGGAAACUCCGAGCAGGCCGGAAUCCUCACCACGAAUCCCGCUGUGCGGAUCCACUCGUGCGAGCGCGGCCUGGAGUGCCCAGGACUCAAGGACAAGAUGGUCGUGUACAUCACGCCCGCCGUCGCCAUGAACGACGGCGUGGUGUACCAGGAGGAGGGCGUGGAAUGGGGGGACUUGAGCAACGACGCAGAUUUCUCCAUCCUUGGACAAUUCCAGCUACUGCUGGACAUGCUCGGCGAUUCGGCAUCACCAGAGAUCAGGAGCAUGCUCCUGUCCGCCAGCAGAAGCCGGAAGGAAGCUGUCCCGCUGCGGUUCGACGACUCGCACGGCGAAGCGGCGUUCACCAAAGACGGGCUACUAUGCAUGCUCUCCGCCGCAGCCGUGGAGCAACAGUCACAACACAACCACAACAACAACUCGCAGUGGCAGCCGCAACCGCGGAACUGGCCCGGCACGGAGUAUAUCGCUGCAGAUAACGGCGAGAUGCUGCCGGCGUGGGUGCAGUUUCCGUAUGCGCGGCACUCGUCCCUAACAGAGCUGCGGAGCUUCGUGGCCGCGUUUCGGCCGAAGGAUGUGCACCAGUGCGUCAUCGACGAGGCUACCUGGACGCCCCGCGACUCCGUACAGCACCUAUUCGGCAAGCUGUGCUCGGGAUCCGAAUUCCGCCAUGAUCGGGAGAUGAUGCGAAUCUACCGCGAGAGAACCGCUGAGCAAACGGCGUGGCAGCAGCGGCUCCGCGAUAUGGAGGCGGAGAGUCAAGUGAAGAUGCUGGCGGCGGCGGGGGAGGCGGGGGAGGCAACGCAGCAGCUGAUGGCGCUGGAUGCACUGGUGAAGGCGGAGGCGGCGAGGGAUGAAGCCGAGCAUCGCGAGUGGCUGGAGAGGAAGCGGAGGACGCCGGUUUUUGUUACGCCGUCGCCGCCCGCGAAGACUGCGAAGUCCGAGCGUCCGACAGCGCCGACUAUUCCGCGCACUCCUUCCAGGAUCAUGGCUCCUCCCAAGUGUCAACCCGACUCGGAGGCGGAUGCGCAGUUGAUCGCCGAAGACCUCCGCACUCCGGCCAGCAGUAAAUGGCGGAAACCGAAGCCGCAGGUCGUCGAUGAGGAGAUAUUCUACCUCAACAACCCUUCAAUGCUGGCCACAGACGACGACCAAGAACUGCCCGAAAGCCAGCUCGAGUCCGCGCGCGUGGAAGAAGCAUUCGCGGCAGCUGUCGGCAUCGGCGGGAAGUCCUGGUGGGCGGUGGAGCUGGAGAGUACCCGGCGGAACUGGAGGUAUCAGCGGGAGGAGGAGUUGUAACUUACCUACCAUAUAUUUAGCUAUCUACAUGGCGCUCAAUCCUGC